UUCCAACCUUAGGAAGGGAGGAAAGUGCAUGCAUUUAUGUGUGCCAGGUGCCAGCUGCUAAAAUAAAACCCAAGCUGCCUCUGGGAUGUGCCAUUCCGCCCGCCCCGAAAUACGACUUUCGGGAUCCAAAAUAUACUACGGCCUAUUUUUAAAGAAGCUACCCUUUCCUUUUGGGGGACAGAUCGGGUUGCAAACAGGGCUCAGCUGUUGGAGGAUCCUGGCAAAGAGGUCCUUCUCUCUCUCUUUCUAUCUAUCCUUUCUUCUUUCCCUUCCUUUCCUACUUCUUGGAUCUGCAAGAGACAUAGCAGUUGCUUGGGAAGUGGAUAUCAAAGCUGGCAGACACCCACCGAAGGAGACACUGAGUGCACUGCAAAGAGAGUGAAAACCAAAAAAGACGGAGAGGGGAAAUUGGAGCGAGCGACAUUUAGAAAUUCUGAAUGGAUUGGAAUGGGGAAAGCCACAUGUUCUUCGAGGUCAUGCCGCUCCAUGAACGCUGGGAUCAUCAUUAAGACGCUCUUCUUUCUCUUGUUCUGUAGACAUGUUUAUUCCCGCUGCAAGAUUUUGCGCUGCAACUCUGAGUACGUGGCUUCCACCCUCAAUCUACGUGGGCCCAACAAGAGUGUUGCUUACUGCAACGCCCUGCGCUCCUAUGCCCGCUGCACCCGCCGGGCGGCGAACGCCUGCCGCGGAGACCUGGCCUACCAUUCCGCUGUCCACGGCAUCGAGGACCUCAUGACCCAGCACCGGUGCUCCAAGGAAGGGCCCACCUCCCCGAUCCGGCCCCAGUCCACGACACCCAACCUCCAGGGCACGGCUUCCCUGGACCUCUGCGACUACCAAAUGAGCUUUGCCCAAAAGCACGACCACCUUCCCAACUACCAGCACUGUGCCAUGUUUGGGGACCCUCAUGUUCGGACAUUUGCGGAUGAGUUCCACACCUGCCGAAUAGAGGGCUCUUGGCCACUCCUGGACAACAACUACUUGUUUGCUCAAGCCACCAGUUAUCCAGUAGCGAAAGGAUCCAAUGCCACUGCUACCAGCAAGCUGACCAUCAUAUUCAAGAACAUGAAGGAGUGCAUUGACCAGAAGGUCUACAAAGCAGAGGUGGACAACUUGCCAGCGGCUUUUGAGGACGGCUCGGUCAACGGCGGGGAGAGGCCCGGUGGGACCAGCUUGAGCAUCCGCGAACACAUACCCGGGCGCCACGUGGAGAUCCAUGCGGCUUACAUCGGCACCACCAUCGCCGUGCGCCAGGCAGGGAGGCAGCUCUCCUUCUCCAUCCGAGCGGCUGAAGAGGUGGCCCGGUCCUUCACAGAGGAACAGGACCUCCAGCUGUGCGUCGGGGGCUGCCCCCUUAGCCAGCGCAUCUCCCGAGACGAAUGCUGUUGUAAUGUUCACACCACCAUCCCUGCAGAGAAGGCCCAUCAGCUGUGCAAGGAGAAGUUGCCGGUGGAGGACCUCUACUUCCAGUCGUGUGUCUUCGAUGUCGUCACUUCGGGAGAUGCCAACUUCACCCUGGCGGCACAUGGAGCAUUGGAGGACGCCAGAGUCUUUCACCCGGAUGCAAGGAAAUUGCACCUUUUCCAAAAUGACACAGCUGGCCGUCCUGUGGCCCCAUCGUUCUUCAUCCUCAUUGCAUUGGUUCUUUUGCUUUCUCAAUGAAUUGGGGAUUGGUUGCACCAAAAAAGCAGAUAUGGUUGACACACAUCAGUGAACAGUUGCAUUGACUCACACAAUGUCCUUUGAGAGAGAUUCAAAUAUUCCUUAGAUGUCCAUAUUAAUUGUCUUCUUCCAGUAGCCCAGAAGCAAACCUCUCUUGGUAAACUCCUGCACAGAAAAAACUAUAUGUUAUAUAUUUUAUUUAUUACAGUCGAUGACCAGCAACAGAAAAUAUGCAAGCAUCAGAAUAGCGUAGAAACAUAUACAAUUAGAUAUUAAGAAACACAGUGAAGAACAAGGUUAAAACACAGAACAGUUGAGCCUCACUUAUCCAAGUUUCUGGAUUAUCCAAGCCAUUUUUGUAGUCAAUGUUUUCAAUAUAUCGUGAUAUUUUGGUGCUAAAUUUGUACAGUAAUUACAACAUAACAUUACUGCGUAUUGAACUAAAUUUCUGUCAAAUUUGUUGUAUAACAUGAUGCUUAAUUUGUAAAAUCAUAACCCAAUUUGAUGUCCUUAGUCCCUAUUAUCCAAGAUAUUUGCUUAUCCAAGCUUCUGCCGACCCGUUUAACUUGGAUAAGUGAGGCUCUACUGUAUUUUAUUUAUUAAAGACUGUGUUCUAACAAGCGCCACAGGGGAGGUAUACAGAGGCUCAGCCUUGUCUCGCACACUUGGGAAGAGGCCCUGCCCCCACCUCUAGCCCCGCCCUUUAGUCCUAAAAGGCCUCUCAGGAGAGGUAUAGAGGCUCAGCCCUGUCUCGGGCUCUUGGAAGGAGGCCCCACCUCGUUCCCUAGCUCCGCCCCCUGUGUCCCAACAAGAGCCUCAGGAGAGGUAUAGAUUCUCAGCCCUGUCUCAGGCUCUUGGGAAGACGCCACGCCCACUCUUCUAGUUCCAACCCCGUGUCCUAAUAGGUGCCAUCACCGCCCCCCGGAUCACUGUGGCAUCCACCAGGGGGCGGUAGCGCCCACUUUGGGAAUCGCUUAUAUAAAAGGCUAAUGUGAUAUAUGCAGAAGCCAUAUAUGCAAAAGUUUAGCAUUUUCUGGCUUAUGGUCCCUUCAGUUUGACAAGGUCUUCUGCCUUUCUGCCCAGGAUUUCAUAGCCGUGAGCCACGGCAUUUAAAGUUGUGUCAAACUGCAUUUAUUUGUUGGUGUUGAUGCCACCGAAGUCUUCUCCUUGGACACUAUUAGCCUGGAUGUUGACCUUGUUAAUCCACAAAUGCUUGGCAUGAGAAACAGCAUCUAUUUCCGAAGCCCUCAUUUCCUGUCAUCUGUUUCUCAUUGAAGCUGGCCGGCUUGCAACAGGUGUAGCUAAAAAUAACUCUGGUCUCUCCUCUUUCAAUCCACACACAUACAUACCGUAUAUACUUGAAGAUAAGCUUUUUCAGCCCUUUUUAUGAGCUGAAAAAGCCUCCCCCGGCUUAUAAUCGGGUCAAGGUCAAGCCAGCAGCGGAGCAUGGAGAACGUCGCUUGCAAUAUAUGAUCUAUUUAUCUCUCAUCUUACCCUCCCUUAUGUGUUUUCUUUUCCAAAGCCUCCCCUCUUAACCAAGGGAAUGUUUUGAAAAGGGAAAGAAGCACUUGCAAGUCAGGAAGAAGAAUAUACCCAGUAAUCUUAUAAAAGUAUUUCCCCCUGAAAUAUUUGUUAAUCUCUGCUAUAGAUACAUAGGCUUUUCUCCCUGCAAGCCUUUGCAAUCCCUAUGUACAUAUUUCUAUUAAUCUGCAUUAAUUUUAUGAGUUUUCCCCUCAUAUGUUUGCAAGUCUUUGCAAAUCCUAUAUACAUAUAGAUAGCUAGAGAUUUCCAUGUAUCUGUAUAUCUGUAUCUAUACAUUGUUUCACCUCACAUCUUUGCAAGUCUUUGCAAAUCCUAUACAGAUAUAAUCUAUAUAGAGAGAGAUGUCCAGAUAGAUGGAUAUGAACAUAGGGCUUGCAAAUAUUGCAGGGAUUUCAUUGGGAUCUAUUUUUAUUUUGAAAUUGAUCCAUAGCUGCUGCAUUUUCCACCCUCGAUUUAUAAAGUCAAUGACUUUCCCCAGUUUUGUGGUAAAAUUAGGUGCUUCGGCUUAUAUUAGGGUCCAAUGUGAACCAACACCAGGCACCAACACCCUGCCCUCUCCAUCUGGGCCCAACCAUUUCAUAUUUGGGCUCCUGAAAGAUAUUUGGGCUCAUGAAAGAUAUAAAUACUCCACUUUUCUCCACCGUCCAAAUAACAUCAAUUGAACAAACAAACCAGUUUGCCUACAGUGCAGCAGUGAUAGUGACAGAAGAGCUUGGGCUCCUACAACAAGGCAGCCCCAAAGAAAAUUGACUGGAAAACCAAAGUGGAAGGUCAGGCUAGAGUUGAAAAUCAAGAAACUAAGAUCAGAUGCAAGUAACCUGAAAAAUAUGAAAGAGAAGAAACCGAAGAAUGACAAAAUCAAGCAAUAUCUGAUAAGAAAGUACUGGCUGAAUACCAGAAAAAUGGAAGGAGAUCUGGAAAUUGUGAAAGAACAAAUUACAGCAACAGCUAGCAAGAUUGAAAAUGAAGCCAGAAUCAUCCAGUACAGACAAAAUAAACUGUUUCAAUCAGACUAAAGAUGGCCCAACAAUUCAAUGAGAUGCUGCAGAAAGGAUCAGCGAAUGGCUAACAACUGGGAGAACAUACCUGAUACAAAAGGAGCCAGUAAAAGGAAACUACAGGCCAAUAACGUAUGUUUAAACUACUGACUGGCAUCAUAGCUGACAAAUUUCAAGAUUAUCUUGAAGAAAAAAACAUCUUGCCAGAUGAAGAGAAGGGCACCAAACGGAAAAGCAGGGGCACAAAAGACCAGUUAUUAAUUGAAAAAAAUAUUCUCAAGAACUGUAAAAGCUGAAAAGCUAAUCUUUACAUGACGUGGAUUGACUACAAACAGGCCUUUGACUCACUCCCACACAGCUGGAUCAUCAAGUGCCUGAACGCCAUCAGGAUUAGUAAAAACGUUGGCACCUUUAUUGAAAACAUGAUGGAGCACUGGAAAACUGAACUGUUUGUUGGAAAUGAAAGCUAUGGACUUGACAAUAUCAGAAGAGGAAUUUUCCAGGGAGAGUCAUUGUCCCCUCUGCUUUUCAUUAUUGCCAUGAUCCCUCUGCCAAUAAUCUUACAAAAAACAAAUCUCAGCUAUCAAACAUCUAAGAAAUCUCACAACAUUUAACAUCUGGUGUACAUGGAUGACCUGAAGCUGUAUGGGAAAACGGAAAAUGAAAUCUUCUCUGACCAACACUGUCCGAAUAUGCCUAAUGGCCAAACAAUAAAGUGUCACCAUCCAGAGGCCUAUAAAUACCUGGGUAUAUUACAGCUGGACAACAUCAAGCAUGAACAUUUGAAAACUGUGGUCAGCAAAGAAUACACACAAAGGGUGAGAAAAAUUCUCACAAGCAAGCUCAAUGGAGGCAACACCAUCAAGGCCAUAAACACCUGGGCCAUACCUGUCAUAAGAUAUACUGCUGGCAUCAUAAACUGGACACAGAUGGAACUGGACAAUUUGGACAGAAAAACAAGAAAACUCAUGACCAUUCAUCAUUCACUACACUCUCGCAGUGAUGUUGACUGCCUAGAAGAUCAGGGGGCAGAGGACUCCUACAAGUAAAACAAGCAGUCAAAGAAGAAGAACAUGCCCUGGCAGAAUAUGGAAAGCAAAGUGAAGAACCUGCUUUGAUUGAAGUCAAAAAUUCAGCAAAGAAUCAGUACAAGAAAACCGCACUACAUUCUAGAGCUGAGAGCUGACACAACAAAACAUUGCAUGGAAAGUUCAUUGACAAAAUUGAAGGAAAAGCUUAUAAGAUCUGGCUCACGAAUGGGACACUGAAGAAGGCCUGAUCCUUGCAGCCCAGCAAAUGCAAUUAAGGCCAAGAUCGAAAAAUCAGCUGAUGACCCAAAAUGCAGAUUGUGCAAGGAAGCUGAAGAAACCAUUCAUCUUAUCCUCAGCUGCUGUAAGAAAAUUGCACACAGACUACAAACACAGGCACAACCAUGUGGCCCAAAUGAUUCAUUGGAACUUAUGCCUCAAAUACCACCUCCCAGCAGUAAAGAACUGGUGGGAUCACAAACCUGCAAAGGUACUGGAAAAUGAGCACACAAAGAUACUGUGGGACUUCUGAAUCCAGACUGACAAAGUUCUGUAACACAACACACCAGACAUCACACCAGACAUUCUUUUCUUUGUGGAAAAGAAAAAGGUUUGGAUCAUUGAUGUCGCCAUCCCAGGUGACAGUCGCAUUGACGAAAAACAAAAGGAAAAACUCAGCCGCUACCAGGACCUCAAGACUGAACUUCAAGGACACUGGCAGAAACCAGUGCAGGUGGUCCCGGUGGUAUGGGCACACUGGGUGCUGUGCCAAAAGAUCUGUGGCAUUUGGAACCAAUAAUUGACAAAAUCACGAUCUGCCAACUGCAAAAGGCCCCCCAACUGGGAUAUGCGCGCAUCAUCCGAAAAUACAUCACACGCUUGGGAAGUGUUCGACGUGAUAUCUAUAUUGUUUGCUGUGUCAUAAUAAAAUAAUAAUAAUAAUAAUAAUAAUAAUAAUAAUAAUAAUAAUUUAUAUCCCACCAUGAUCUCCCAUAGGCGGCUCACAAACACUGAAGGUGUCGCACAAAAUACAAAACAUAAAGUCAAGAGUUUGGCCUUGUAAAACUUAGAAUUGAGCCACAAUAGUUCAAAUUGCAUUAAUUUAUUCCACCUUUGGUAAAAUCUGGGAUGAAUAGGCAUCUGUAAAGAGAUUCUUUCAGGCAUAGCAGCCCUUCAAAAGACCCGGAGAGCAGGAGAGGUACAGCUGAAGGAAGAAAAGGGAGGCUACACCUUCUUCUGGAAGGGACUGCCUGAAGAAGAGCGAAGAACACACGGAGUUGGCUUUGCUAUCAGGAAUGACCUGGUGAAGCACCUGACUGAAGCACCCACCGGCAUUAACGAACGACUCUCAACCCUCCGAAUUAAUCUUGCCAAAAACCAAAAGGCAACCAUCAUAUGCGCCUAUGCACCAACUCUAGAUGCUGACGAAGACAUCAAGGAAAAUUUUUAUUGUCAGCUGGACACCAGCCUAUCGGAGAUACAUAAGAAGGACAAAAUCAUCCUCCUGGGGGACUUUAAUGCCAGACAAAGCCAGGGAUCAUAGGAAAAGAGGGGUCGGAAACAGCAACUCGAAUGGCAUCUUGCUUCUCACCAAAUGCGGAGAGCACAACCUUGUCAUCACCAACACGUUCUUCCACCAGAAAAACAAGCUCAAGACAUCAUGGAAGCACCCUCGGUCAAAGCAUUGGCACCUCUUGGACUAUGUUAUUACACGUGCCAGAGACCGCCGCAAUGUGCUUCUCACAAGAGCCAUGACAGGUGCUGAUGACUGCUGGACUGACCACAGGUUAAUCUGAUCCACGAUGGCUAUCAAGAUCGUCCCCAAACGCAGACUCCAAGGAAGAAAAACAAGGCGCAAAAUGAACACCCAAGCCCUUCAGGAGCCUUCCAAAUGAGCCCUUCUCCAAACAACACUCAAGGAUCAUCUACCCACAGAACACCCCGAAAAUGUUGAGGAACAUUGGAACAAACUGAAGACCUCAUCAUCACAGCCUGUGAGAAAGCAUUGGAUACCAAACUAAGAAAAAUCAAGACUGGUUUGAUGACGACAAAGAGAUCCAACAGCUAAUUGAUAACAAAAGAAAAGCCUUCCAAACAUGGCAGAGAGACACCAACUUUGCUGCCAAGAAAAAGAUCUAUGCCAGUGCAAAAGCUGUGGUCCAAAGAAGGACCAGAGAACUCAAGAACAUCUGGUGGACAAAGAAAGCUGAAGAAAUCCAACACUUUGCAGAUACCCAUGAUGCUCAGGGAUUUUUCAAAGCCACAAAGAUCAUUUACGGACCAAGAAACCAUGGCAUACUACGCUCAUCAGAUGGAACCAAAAUUCUGAGGGACAAAACAUCAAUUGCACUACAUUGGAAAGAGCACUACCAGAACCUGCUGAAUCGCAGCUCCAAUGUGGCUGAAGAGACCCUCUCACAAAUCCCGCAACAACAAACCAGUGAUGAACUUGCAGCACUGCCUAGUUUGGAAGAAGUUAGCAAUGCCAUCAGCCAACAAAAAAAACAACAAAGUCAGCGGACCUGAUGGGAUCCCUGCUGAAAUCUUCAAAACGGGUAGACCUGAGCUGAUACAACAACACCAGCUCAUUGAAAAGGUGUGGGUGACCGAGAAAAUCCCAGCUGACUUCAAAGAUGCCACCAUCAUCACCCUUUUCAAGAAAGGGGAUAGAACAGACUGCGGGAACUAUCGUGGUAUCUCCCUUCUAACCUCUGCCAGGAAAAUCCUUGCAAGAAUCCUUGCAAACCGCCUUCUCCCUGUCUCAGAAGACACCCUCUCAGAAUCCCAGAAUGGCUUCCGCCCCUCCAGAGGAACAGUGGACAUGAUCUUCACUGCUCGACAGCUCCAAGAAAAAUGCAGGGAACAAAACCAACCUCUGUACAUGGCAUUCAUUGACCUUGCAAAGGCAUUCGACACAGUGAACCGCAGCGCUCUCUGUACCAUCCUCCAAAAAAUCGGGUGCCCUGACAAAUUUGUGAACCUCCUGCGACUCCUCCAUGAUGACAUGAUGGCAACAGUCUUGGACAGCAACGGCUCCCAAAGUGACCCAUUUCAGGUGGAUUCAGGUGUCAAGCAGGGAUGUGUUAUUGCCCCUACCUUAUUUUCCAUCUUCAUCGCUAUGAUACUUCACCUUGUUGAUGGGAAGCUUCCCACCGGAAAUCAUCUAUCAGACAGAUGGCAAGCUAUUUAACCUCAGCAGACUGAGAGCCAAAAUCAAGGUCACCACAACAUCUGUUAUAGAACUCCAAUAUGCCGAUGACAACGUAGUCUGUGCGCACUCAGAAGACCUACAAGCUACUCUAAACACCUUCGCAGAAGCAUACGAGAAGCUCGGCCUCUCACUGAACAUCGAGAAAACCAAAGUGCUCUUCCAACAGGCACCAGACAAUCUCUCUGUAAUGCCAGGAAUACAGCUUAAUGGUGUCACAUUAGAAAAUGUUAACCAUUUCAACUACCUUGGCAGCCACCUCUCCACAAAAGUCAACAUUGACACUGAAAUACAACACUGCCUGAGCUCUGCGAGUGCAGCAUUUUUCCGAAUGAAGCAGAGAGUGUUUGAUGGCCGGGACAUCCGUAGAGAGACCAAGGUGCUUGUUUACAAAGCCAUUGUCCUCCCAACCCUGCUCUACGCCUGCGAAACGUGGACUGUGUACAGACAUCACACCAAACUCCUGGAGCGUUUCCAUCAGCGUUGCCUCAGGAAAAUCCUGCAAAUCUCUUGGGAAGACAGGCGGACAAAUGUCAGCGUGCUGGAAGAAGCAAAGACCACCAGCAUUGAAGCGAUGCUCCUACACCAUCAACUCCGCUGGGCUGGCCACGUCUUCCAAAUGCCCGAUCACCGUCUCCCAAAGCAGCUACUCCGAACUCAAGAACGGGAAACGUAAUGUUGGUGGGCAGGAAAAGAGAUUUAAAGAUGGGCUUAAAGCCAACCUUAAAAACUGUGGCAUAGACACAGAACUGGGAAGCCCUGGCCUUUGAGCGCUCUAAUUGGAGGUCAGCUGUGACCAGCAGUGCUGCGUUCGAAGAGGCUUAAAGGAGAAACGUGCCAAGAGGAAGGAGCAUCAAGCCAUCCCUGACCGAGACCGCCUUCCACCUGGAAACUGAUGUCCUCACUGAGGGAGAACAUGCAGAUCAAAAAUAGGUCUCUUCAGUCACCUGCGGACACACAACCAAGACACCGGAAACGGAGGACCAUCAUCGACCUACGAGGGAUCGCCUAAGUAAGUAAGCUGUUAUCCAGCCAUUUUAAUUGGGCAUGAUCUGUUUGGAGGGUGAACUCCUCCACAAAUAAGGCCGCAGUUUCUGGCCAAACUUCUUUCUAUAAGACAUGCUACACUCCCGGGGAAGUAAGAAGAAGAUUGGACGACUUUCCCCUUCCGAAUCGAGUUGACUUGACAGCUUCCAAUCUAGUUUCGGAAGCGUCAGGUUAAAACAAAAGGUACGACAAAAUCCUGGGCUUUUGAAACAGAAUUUGACGUGAGGGCUUGCUUCAGUUCCAUGGAUACUUGACAUUCAGGGGACCGAAUUACUUGAUUGGAACAGUUUUUUUCUAGUGAGAUUAGAGGGGCUGCGAAGGUGCUGAAUGAUGGUAUAAACUUUGAAUAAUAACCCGCCAAACCAGGAAUGACCUUACUUGCUUUUUGGAUUUCGGUAUGAGUCAUUGUUGGAUAGCCUCAAGCUUGGUAGGUUCCAGCCCAAUACUCCCACAACCUAAGUAUAUGUCCUAAAUACUUGGUUGUACAGUUACCUAUCCAGCACUUGGAGGCCUUGAUGGUUAGACGUGCCUCCUUCAACCGACUCAACACUUAAUCCAAAUGUUUCAAAUGAUCUUCCCAACUGGUAUUAUAAACCCCAAUAUCAUCCAUGUAAGCCACACAGAAAUCUCCCAUACCACUAAGUACCUUGUCCACUAGACGUUGGAAAGUGGCCAAGCUAUUUCUUAACCCAAAUGGUAACACAGUGACCUCAUACAGUCCCCCUUGGGUUCUAAAAGCUGUCUUUGCCUGGUCCUGAGGUGCCAUAGGUAUCUGCCAAAAUCCCUUAGUUAAAUCCAGGCUGCUGAUAAAAUUGGUUCCUAUCCUCUCCAACAAAUCAUCUGUGGCAUAAAGUAGGUGUCUGGUUGGGUUACGUUGUUCAGAUGACGAUAGUCAAGACAGAAUCUUAUAGUUAUCAGGCUUCUGAACCAAAACAAUUGGUGAGGCCCAUGGGCUGCUUGAAAGCAUGUCCAGCAUUUCCUUCACCUUCUCAAUACACUGUUACUAUGCCCAUAACCCUAUAUGGAGGGGAUGCUAUGGGUGGAGUAUCACCAGUCAGGAUUUGAUGAUGAAUCCCUUGUAUCCUUCCAGGAAGGUCAGAAAACAUCAUAUUAAUAAUUUCUUAAUUUGUUUCUGUUGGGGCUGGGACAACUCUUCAUCUAUCUUCACGAUCACUGCUUCUAUAGGCUUUCCUAUUUCACGCGGAGGGGGAGUAGGCGGAGGCAUUAUAGGAGGUUAUUUAAUGGGCUCCUGUAUUUUUGUUUUUCCUACCUCACCUGGAAAUGGGAAACAGAAAACGCAAUAGAAUUAGCCCCGAGUCAACAACGCACCACAAGGCUUCUAAACAACUGAAAAUUGAUGAAUUCAGGGAACUGUGAGUAUAUCUGACUUAAACACCCUGUUUGAAACUACAACUGACGCUACUCCCUUCAUUCUUCAUGAUAAAGCUAACGAGUCUAUCAGUAGCCUCUGACAACAACUUGGCUGCAUAUCAUGGAGUAUCCUUGGAGUCAAUUAUUAUUAUUAUUAUUAUUAUUAUUAUUAUUAUUAAACUUUAUUUGUACCCCG